GGUUGCUGGGGAAAUGGGGGAAGAAAGGAGGGAGCAGGACGCGGAAGUGGUGGCUGCGCCUGGGGAGCAGGCGGAGGCGGUGAUUGUGAAGUCGGAGACGGGAACCUUGCGUCGAGGGGAGGGGAAGGCGGGGGUUGGCAGAAGGGCAUCCGCCUUCUAGGACCUGCACGCGGCGCGGAGCGGCUGGGCCUCCUUUCUCCACUUCCACGGUCGCCCCGGGUGAUGGCGAUGGCGAUGGUGAUGGCGGCAGUUUCUCCGACGGCCUCGGUGCAGCCGCGCUCCGGGAGAUACACCCAGAAACUGGCCAGAAGAAACUCCCUGCCAGAAAAACUGAAAAAGCAGUCUUUAUAACGCUUCUGGGCUUUGGGGACGAUCUGUUAGAAUGGCAGAAAGUAGUGACAGUAGUAAUAAAAGCGCGGACGUGAGGCCCAAGACGAGCCGGAGCAGGAGCGCGGACCGGAAGGACGGCUACGUGUGGAGCGGCAAGAAGCUGUCGUGGUCGCGGAGGGCCGAGGGCCCGGGUGCCGAGGUGCAGGACGGGGACGGCGACGGCGAGCGGGGCCCGGAGCGGAAGCACAGCUGCUCGGCGCUCGAGCUGGACCUGGGCCACUCGUGCGGGCAGCGCUUCCUUGGCCGCUCUCUGAAGCAGAAGCUGCAGGACGCCGUGGGCCAGUGCUUCCCCAUCAAGAACUGUAGCAGCCGCCACUCCCCGGGGCUUCCGUCACGGAGGAAGAUCCACAUCAGCGAGCUCAUGCUGGAUAAGUGUCCUUUCCCACCGCGAUCGGACCUGGCCUUCCGGUGGCACUUCAUCAAGCGGCACACCGUGCCGCUGAGUCCCAAGCCCGACGAGUGGGGCCGCACGGACCUCGCCCAGCGUGACCUGCGGGCCGGACAGCUGCCGCCCAGCAGAGCCGCGGCCGAGGCCCCGCCCUGCGCCCCGGCGCCCGGCUGCGCAGCCAGCCCGGCGUCCAGCAGCAGCGUGGAGGACAGCGACAUGGACUCAGACGAGGACCUCGUCACGCUGUGCGCCAGCUCCAGGAAGAGGAACAAGCCCAAGUGGGAGGACGAGGAGCUGCUGCGGCUGGAGACACCGCCCAAGUGCCACACGCAGGUGGACUACGUGCACUGCCUGGUGCCCGACCUGCUGCGCAUCAACAACAACCCCUGCUACUGGGGCGUGAUGGACAAGUACAGGGCCGAGGCGCUGCUCGAGGGCAAGCCCGAGGGCACCUUCCUGCUCCGGGACUCAGCGCAGGAGGACUACCUGUUCUCCGUCAGCUUCCGCCGCUACAGCCGCUCGCUGCACGCCAGGAUCGAGCAGUGGAACCACAACUUCAGCUUCGACGCGCACGACCCCUGCGUCUUCCACUCCCCCGACAUCACCGGGCUGUUGGAGCACUACAAGGACCCCGGCGCCUGCAUGUUCUUCGAGCCCCUCCUGUCCACGCCGCUCAUUCGGACUUUCCCCUUCUCCCUGCAGCACAUCUGCAGGACAGUCAUCUGCAACUGUACCACCUAUGACGGCAUCGACGCCCUGCCCAUCCCUCCGCCCAUGAAGCUGUACCUGAAGGAGUAUCAUUACAAAUCAAAGGUCAGAGUCCUCAGGCUCGACGCGCCCGCGGCCAGCCAGUGCUAGAGACCGGCCUGAGCAGCCCGCCUGUUUCCAGUCAGUAAACUACUCUUCUCACUAUGCCUCUUUGAAGUUUUCUCAAGGGCAGUUGGAGUAUAAAAGAAACCUCUGCCCAAAAUUUUACUUUCACAUCAGUUUAUUUUUCUUAUGAUACACUAAUUAUUAAAGGUUAUACCCAAGAGGUUAAUAGAUAUUUUUAACCAGAUGUUUGGUUUUUGGUUUUGUUAUAUAGAUUGUAUACCUAAAUUUUUUCUUUACCUAAUUUAUAUAUGGUCUAGGCAUCUCUGAAAUUGGAUAGGCAUGCAAACACAUUUGAAUAGCCUAUAUUUUGUUUAAAAAUAAUCUUAUUUGCUACAUGUAAAAUAUUUCUUUAAUCUAUACCAUCAGUAUUCCUAAACAUAAAAUACUCUUUGCCCAGCCCCUUUUCAUUGAGUUUUGAAAUUCUUCAGUAGAGUGUUAUAAUUCACCUAUGCUAAUGUAAUUCAGUUUUUUAACUUGCUAACAGGUAUGUUAAAAGUAACAAAGUGGUUUCAAGUCAAAUUUUGUGGGGUUUUUUUUUGUUUGGGGUGGGGUCUUUUUGCAAUACCGGGAAUCGAACUUGGGACCUUGCCCUUGCAAGGCAGGCACAGUGCCACUGAGCUACAUCCCUGGCCCUAACUUUUUUUUUUUUUUUUUUUGGUGCCGGGAUCAAACUCAGGAACUUGCACUUGAGAGGCAGGUGGUGGCCUAACUUUUUUUUUCAGACGGGAUGUUGCUCUGUAGCCCAGGCUGGCCUUGAACUCAUGGUGAUCAUCUUGCCUUAGCCCCCUGAGUGCUGGGAUUACAGGCGUCAGCAAGCCUGGCUUGUUUAAAAUGCUAACUGCCAAACAAGAUCACUCAAGCUUUGAUUAAUCUGGCCAAUGAGAAUAGGACAUUUUGGAGGUGCAUUGAUCCCAGUGGGGCAGGGUCAUUUGUUACAUUGCUCAGUAAGCCCUUCUCUCUGCCUUUAAACUAUCUUCAAAACAUAUGUUCCUUUCUCCCUGGGAACUUUAAAAAUAAUGAUAACAUAUUAGUAGAUAGUAGUUGCUACAGCAACUGGUAUUUUUCUGUAUUAAUUUAUGAACUGUUGCCCGUAUUAGGCCUUUUGCACGAACUCUGAGGGGGGGGUGGGGGACACACGACUCUGCCGUUGAUAAAUAGCCACAAACUUCUACUGGUAACCAAAGAGUACCUAAAUAAUGUUUUAUUAUUUUAAAUUAAAUUUGAGUAAACAUUCAAGAAAUAAACAUGGAGCUCACUAUUGAGAAAGCCUAAUACUUUUUUUCAUCUUCCAGUUUUGAAUACUUUUUCCUGUCUUCAGAAUUAACUUGGGGCCAGGGAUUUAGCUCAGUGGUUCUGCCGCAUGCCUCACAAGUGCAAGGUCCUGAGUUUGAUUCCUGGUACCAAAAAAAGAACGGAAUUAACUUACAUCUUUAAUGUGGCUUCAAAAAAAAAGAGCAUUUUGACAGCUACAUGGCUUGUAUCAUACCACACAGUAGGACAAAAACGAUAAUAUUUCAAAGAACAGGGCAGCAUUCUUAGAAACGUCAUUAGCCCUGUGUAACCAAUAAUGAUAAAUGGACUGAUACCUCUUUUUUAAAAGAAUCAAUGCUAAUAUGGACAGAUUACCCAAUUUCUUUUGGUAAGCUGUCUACCCCUUUGUACAAAUUGGCAUUUUUUAAUGCAGUUAUUUCUUUAUGCUGGUUUAGCUAGAUUAGGAAACUCUUCUACGUGGAUUGGAAGAACUUUGACUCAUGAAUUUCCAAGUUAGAACAAAUGUUUCCUUACCGUUGUUUUUAUGUUGAGACAGCAUUUCCCUGUCUUAUAAUUCCGCUGUUAACAUAAAAAUGGCGUUUUUCAAUAGUGGCUUUAAAAUAAAUUUGUAGCAAUUACAGAAUCAAAUCAGAAAGUCUUCAUUACCAUUAAUCUUGUAGCCUUUGUGUUCUCAGUGGUCUCCAGAUGGGCUGCGUCUCCAAGAGGAGAAGCUACUCUUCUAGCCGUGCUGGGGCUCGGAACACUGUUACCCACCUCCAGGGCCAGUGUCACAUCUAACAGUGACGCUUACUUCCACCUGGGCAGAAAAGUCUCACUACCUCAUCUUUAUUGUGGCACUUUUGUCGAUCCUUGAGAGAAUCUUCUCUUAUUAACCAAUGUCAGACUUCCUAAAUAUCCAUCUUUGAUGAGAGACAAAUAGUAUGGUAAGACUCACCCAUGAUUAAUAGUUUUUUAUCAGAAUUUGAUAAGACUUUCUGUUUCCGUGAAACAAUUAUUUUAAACACUUUUCUUUUAAAAAUAACUUUUUAUCAGUACAGAAAAACCUAAGGGAUGACCGACUAGCUUAUGAAUAUUGUGUUAAAGGGUAGUUUUUUAAAGAAAAAUGAAAUAUAAUUCUGUUGUCUUUUAUAGUGGUAAAAUGUUUCUAUGAAUGUUUAGCUUUUCAUAUAAUUCAAACUGAGUGCUUGUGAUAUAUUUUCUCUAGCUUUUUAGUUCUUUUCCAUUCAAGGUGUUACCAGCUGUUAACAUUUCUAAAACAGUGCCGUAUGCAUAGCCUUGAAGUCUGAAUGAGAACAGGGGAGAUUCAUUUACUCUGGAAUGGUUUGUAUUUUUCCUUGGCUAAGUGAAAAGAAAUUUGGAAAGUAGAAAUAGAAAGACUCGAGAAGGGAAUUACUUAUCAUGAAGGAAAAGGGAAGAGUGAUAAUUUCUGCUAACAUUUAAGGACUGUAAUUUAGAAAGGUUACAUACCCCUUUUCUGUUUUGGUGAGACAGUGGCAUUUGGAAGAACAUCAGUAUGCAAAAUGUAGCUUAUAAAAAAUGCUUAAAAAUACAUUUGUUGUACUAUGUAACAAAAAUGAGUAAAUUUCAAGAAGAAAAAUGUGAUAAAUACAGCGUUUGAAACAUUUGAAAAGGGUAUAUUCCGGAGUUGAGAAAGCAUUAGCACUGUGGAAAUGUGUAGUGCUUACUGGUGAGAGAAACUGGAGCUAAAGAACCCAGAUAAAAUAAUUCAGAAUUUCAGCAUCACCUCAGGGAAAAGCCUGACAGCGAAAGGGAGCCAGCCACGUGGUGGCUGAUAGCCGGUCUGGACCACACUUAGCUGCGCUUGGGGAGACAUUCUGGGUGCAUCAGGAAAACUCGACUUUUCUAUUUUUCUCUAAAGCUUUUCACAAAUGCCCCUCACCCCUUUUAAAAAUCAUAACAUCUUGGUUCAAACUGUAAUUCCUGAAAUAUGCUGUAUUUGACUUUUUUUUAGGUUCCUUCAAUGUUUUUGUAUUGAGUCAUGCGUUCUUUCUAUAACUGUGCCAUUCACCUAAAUAAUUCAUAAACAGUGGUUUAAUUUAAAGGAAGCCCUAAUAGGAAGAUUAAAGGAAGCUUUUAGUCAGCCUGAGGCUGGAUUUAUUGAUUUGGUGAUCAGACCUAGGUACUUUCCUGAAUUUCAGCUAAUGGCCAACUGUGGUCAAAGAAUGACUUUUCAGUGAAAGUUUUGAUUUCUUCUUAUAAAUUAUAUAGAGUUAGUGUCAGUAUUUAGAAAUCCUUUAAAAAGUGGAACAAACGUACCAAAUAGGACUCAUCAUUAUACAAAUUACAUUUCUUUUUAUAAGAAAAACACAUAAACCUUUAUCAUUUAUUCAUGAGCCAAAGCCAUUAAGAAGAUAAAUCAGGUUAUCAACUUCCUGUCUCUGAAGUUUGGAUCAUUUUAUAGAUCCAUGUAAUAGAGCACUUCCUUCCUAUGAAAGAAAAACCUUGACAUCUAACUCUUAUAGUCUUAUUUUUUUAUUUAAAAUAUUUCUUGCCAUUUUAGCUAGAAUCAGAAUCCAGCAAGUAGCUUAUUUGUUAAUCUGGGUGCAACAAAUUUCACAGGAAGGUAGACAUAGAUGUUCUUAGAGAUAACACAGUGUUUAAAUGUAAAAUUGCCUGUGUAAAGUUAGGUAAUUUAAUGCCCAAGUGAAUAAAAGAUUUUAGGGCGAGGAAUCCUCGUUUUUACUUUGGGAAAAAGAUGUCUACCCUUUUUUUUUUUUUUUGAGACUGGGUCUCACUAUGCCAAACUUGUGGCGAUCCUCCUGCCUCAGCCUCCCAAGUGCUGGGAUUACAGGCCUGCACCACCAUGCCCAGCUGCCAUUUUUGUUUUACACUUUUCUUACACAAGGCCAAGAAGCAAUACUAUUUUUGUUUUAACAUAAGCAGUUUCCAUUUUUAUUUCUAAAGAAUGAAUAGAAAGCACAAAGGGUUUUUCUUAAUGGUCUACUAAAAAUAAGACAAGUCUGUCUGUAGUAUUCUAAUAUAUUGAGAUGCUGAACACAGAUCAGCUUGUAGGUACAAAGGCAGAUGCAUGACUGUAAUCUAAAAGAAAAGAGUUUAGGGUACAUGAAACAUGUCUCAAAGAUAAAGAAUAUUUAUAAUUUACUUUUGAAUUUGAAUUUUCUCAAUGCGAGAUCUUCCUUUGCCUUCAUUUCCUGUAAAGUGUAGGUAAUACCUGUGAACGGGCCUUCUGCAGGUUAAUCCUUCAUGAAGCAGUGACCCUGGGAGCAUACUUGAAAACAGUUCCUGUACAGCCGUUGAGUACUAAGGUGAUGAUAGGUUUUCAGACUUGUCCCUGAGUAGGCCCUGCUGAACCACAGUCUCUAACAGCCUUCUUGCUUGACCCGACAGCAGUCUGUCCUUGAUUCUGCAAUUAGAUGAGAAUUGCAAUUUCCUUCUGCCCUUUAUGAGGUCCAUGGAAAAUUGAUAUUUGUCUAACUUAUUUUAAAAGUUGAUUGCAUUUGCAGGAAAUGAAGGUAAUCAGUUUGCCAUGUUUAUAAUCAAAUCUGAGCUUUCAGACUUGAGAGCCAGAGUGUAAAACUCAAGAAAGUUUACUCAAGUUACCUUGCUAGAAUUGGAUUCUCUAUAAGCCAACUAUAGACAACAUAUGCUUAUAUAUACAGAGUUUAAGUAGCAACUUCGAAAAGCAUUUAUUUUUCGCAAUCAGGCUUGUAUGAUCCACUCCAUGCCCCAAAAGAAGUAAAUGAUUUCCACUCUUUAUUUCUGAUCUCGAUGUUUAAUGUUUCUUUAUGGAUGUAAGUUUAAAUAAUUUGAUCUGAAUAAAUUUUCACAUAAUUAAAUCUUCAUGUAUGAAAUCCAAAA